AUGGCGGAUAUUCACCAUCUUAUUGAGGAUCAAAAAGAUUUAUUUUUAAAUUUAAAACGUACUGAUAGGUUAUAUAAUUCAAGACAGCAUAAAACGCAUGGCUUCGCACAAUCUGUUUUAGACGAAAUAGAAUCAAUUUUUUUGCAAUUUAAAGACGGGAAUACCCAAUUAUGCGCUGUAGUCCGUGACAAUACUAUUAAUACAGAAAAUAUUCCGUAUUUCGAAGACGAUGUUUAUUAUCAAUUUCAAGACGAGUUUCUUACCCUUAAAAGCCAAUUGCUUGAUUUCAUGGAUUCUUCUGUUACUCGUUCUCCUGGAAUUCAGUCCAGUACGUUUGCUGGUCCCUCUCAUUCUAGAAAUGAAACCUUUUCGCUUCAGGCUCGUUUGCCGAAGAUUGAUUUGCCAGUUUUUAGUGGUGAUUACCUCACUUGGAUGUCUUAUCAGGACAUGUUCGUUUCGUUAGUCCAUAAUAAUUCUGGGCUAACCGAUGUUCAAAAAUUUUGUUUUUUGAAAAAUUCUUGUAAAGGAACUCCUUUGGAUAUCGUGAACGAAUAUCCAGCAACGGAUUCAAGCUACGUUUUAGCAUGGACCGCUCUACAGAAUAGAUAUCAUAAUAAAAGAAAAAUAGUUGAUACUAUUUUUAAAAAACUGUUUGCUAUACCUUCGUCUGAUGGCUCUUCCAAAAGCAUUCAGACGAUUUUAGACACAACACGAACUAGUAUUGCCCUACUACGUACUUUAGAAAUAAACACCGAAGGUGAGCAUGCUAUGCUUGUUUAUAUGACAGUAAAUAAGCUAGAUGUACAAACCCGAAAGGAAUGGGAGCAAUCGCUUAAUGCCUCGACUCAAAUCCCUCCUAUUGAAGAUUUGUUCAAAUUUUUGGAAUCAACUUUUCGAACAUUAGAAACUAUUUCUGAUCAGACUGAUUCAAGCCCUAAUGUUCCUUUUUCGAAACCAAAAACCCCACAACAUCAAAAUAAAAGUAGAAACAAUUUUCGACGUUAUGUAAAUGCUGCUUCCACAAGUACCGACUACAACUGCCCCUGCUGCAAUAAGCGUCACCUUCUUUUCAAGUGUUUCAAGUUUUCUGCUUUACCAUCUAGUGAAAAAAGAGAUUUUUUGAAUUCAAAGCGAAUAUGUCGAAAUUGUUUAACCCCAGGCCACUUUAGUAACAAAUGUCAUGUUCAUCAUGAGUAUUUUAUAAAUCAUGUUUCUAAUACUCCGACCCCUGAACCUGUUAUACCUUCUCAAACAUCCUCGUCUUCUCAAGGUAUUGAAAACGUUACCGCUCAUGUCGUUGACAAUAGUAAAACAUCUAACAGGAGGAAAAGGCCCCAAGUUCUCCUCGCUACGAUGCGUGUUGUUUUAAAAACCUCUCAGGGAGAUUUUGUUUUGCGUGCUCUUCUUGAUCAAUGUGCUCAAGCAACCUUUAUAACCAAAAAGGCUGCAGAUGCCUUAAACUUAUCUUAUGAAAGGAACUUUGUAGAAAUAUGCGGUGUAGGUGGAAACCAAUCUACUAUUUCAAAGCAAUACGUUAAUUUUGCAAUAUUCUCAAGAAUCGAAACAAAUUUUAAAAUAGAUUGCGAGGCUUUAGUUCUUCCGAAAAUAACGGCAUAUCAACCUAUGGCUAUAAACGAAACAUUAUUACCGGAUUUAAAGAAAUUUUCAUUAGCUGAUCCUUAUUUUUCGAAACCUGGUGAAAUUGACCUUUUGUUAGGAGGAGAUAUCAUAUUACCUCAGCAACUAAAAUUUGAAAGUGGUUUAUUCUUAGAACUCACACAUUUCGGUUGGAUAGUUUCUGGCCCCUCACAUGAUAACUCAUCUGAGCACAUUAUCACAGUAAAUGUUUGUUCAUUAGAUAAGCAAUUGCUGUCCUUUUGGGAACAAGAAGAAUUGCUGUAA